CUGUUCCCCCUCAGGCUACUAAUGUGCCAAAAUCUAAUGGUUCAGUUAACGGAGUAACCCAACAUAAUUCAAAUAAUGUAUAUUCUUCUCCACAUCAACAUACACCUACAUCUUCCUCAACCCCUACUCAACAACCAAGAAGUACUCCGGCUACUGCAACUUCACAG